AUGCCCAUUAGAAACCCCUUUGCGAAGCGGCCCGAUGUUCAGACUGGCCUGGCGCCGUACGAAGAAGGCAUUCGACCGCUGUCGCAAAAUGGAACUCGGCCUGCCUUCGAGAAAGUCGAUACGACUGGAUCAAGGGCAUCGUCCGCCAUGAGUAUAAAGAGCGGGCAAAGUCAGGAUCCUGUCGAGUACAAAAUGUCUGUUGUCAACGACAGCGGUGUAUAUUUGCCUCCAUCCCCGCCAGAGAAGAAAGGGUUCUGGCCAAAGCGAUCGCAUCCAUCUGGUACCUCGACGAAUACCCGCAACAGCGAAGAUAUCGAGCCUUUUUCCAUUUCGCGAGAGUCGUUUGACUCAUAUAGGAGGUCAUUUGACAUAUCCGCGAGAUCCCCAGUAGUCGGACACGAGAUUGGUCGACAGAGUCUUGAUUCAGCUAGGUUACCCAGACUCCCCAGGUCAGCAAUGAAUGAGCGUCGAUUCGAAAGACAACCACCAACAGCGGAGGAAGGUUUCGAAGACGUUGGAUUGAAUGACGAACAAGCCAAGCAGACGAAGAAGAAGGGAUUCUUCUCGAAGUUCGGAGACAGCAACGCCGAUUCCACCGCUCAGUCGCCUACUACUUCCAGAUUCCACAUUGGUGGGAGGAAAAGAGGACAGAGUGGUGUGGGGGAGGAGCUCGGCAACAUACCACGGCCGGGGACAGCAUCGUCCAAGGAAAUCAACGAGGUCACUACAUAG